UAGGGUUUUGCUUUGGGCAUUUGCUAAGGGAAAAAGAGCAACAGAGACGCCGUUUCCUCUAGGGUUGUUGAAGGGUUGAGGAAAAUGAAGACUAUACUCUCAUCUGAGACUAUGGACAUUCCCGAUGGGGUUAAGAUCAAGAUCAAUGCCAAGGUCAUAGAGGUGGAGGGUCCUCGAGGCAAGCUUACCCGCAACUUCAAGCAUUUGAACCUCGAUUUCCAUCUCAUCAAGGAUGAGGCUACCGGAAAACGCAAGCUCAAGAUCGAAGCUUGGUUCGGUUCCAGGAAGACCAGCGCGGCUAUCCGCACUGCCCUCAGUCAUGUUGAGAAUCUCAUCACUGGUGUCACUAAGGGAUAUCGAUACAAGAUGAGAUUUGUGUAUGCUCACUUCCCAAUCAACGCCUCCAUCACUAACUCCAACUCUGCCAUUGAGAUUCGAAACUUCCUUGGCGAGAAAAGGGUCAGGAAAGUUGAUAUGCUUGAAGGUGUAACUGUUGUUCGGUCUGACAAGGUUAAGGAUGAGCUUGUACUGGACGGCAAUGACAUUGAACUAGUCUCACGGUCAGCUGCCUUGAUAAACCAGAAAUGCCAUGUUAAGAACAAAGAUAUCAGGAAAUUCCUUGAUGGUAUCUAUGUCAGUGAGAAAGGUACUGUUGUUGAAGAAGAAUGAGAAAGAUUAGAAUGUUUAUUUUCAUGGUUAUGAGGAUAUCUUUUUGUUUUACAUUAUUAUUCAGAAAUUUUUCUAUUAUAGAACCUUGGAUAUCUAUGAUUUUGUCUUAGUUUAGUUAGAACUUGUACACCUUUUGUUCUAUUUGUUUUUUUAUUUGGUAUCUCGUGAGAAUUUAAAGAAAACUUUUAUGCA